AUGUGGAAGAAACACAUGACUUCGCACUUCUUCUACAGCAAGGUCGCCAAACAGCACGACCCGAACAUGUAUCAGAAGCACGUUGACAAGUUCAACGCGAAGAUGGCGGCCUUGGAAGCAGGCAUCGACACUGAUGACUACCCCGACGCGGGUGAUGCGGCGCCCCUCGCGGACCUCGAAGGCGGCGGGAGUGCCUCGUCGGGGCAGCAGCCGCGGGAGCAGCAGCCAGCAGACUGCCCAGCACCUGUGGACGACGAAGGUGACCAGAGCAAGGGCAGCACGGAAGAGUCGGAAUCCGACUGAGGCC